CAGUAGUCAGCUUCAGGUGUUGCGACAGGUGGCCUCAAGACAUUUGACCUGGAACCUCCAGCUCUUGCUCUUGUCAGCCGCUCGUGCGCCAUCCUCGUCCAUGGUUCUGGUUGCUGGCCAUCGAUGCAAUUGACGAGAGAGAAUUGAUCUGUGCUGUUUUGCCUUGUGUUUCUGCGAGCUCUGCUAAAGAGACUGCGCUUUGACGGAAUACGAGUAGUGCUGCUGCAUCUCGUUGGCCAAACUUGACUAUCCAUGGCUCCCAAGUCGCGAUUCACAAGGCUCGAUGCCUUUACCAAGACGGUGGACGAGGCGCGGAUCCGGACGACGAGCGGAGGAAUCGUCACCAUUGUGUCGCUGCUAGUCGUCGUGUUUCUCUCGUGGGGAGAAUGGAGCGACUAUCGGCGCAUCGUGGUGCACCCGGAGCUGGUCGUGGAUAAAGGCAGAGGCGAGCGAAUGGACAUCCAUCUCAACAUGACCUUCCCCAACAUGCCAUGCGAAUUGCUGACGCUGGACGUCAUGGAUGUCUCUGGCGAGCAGCAGCACGGCGUCGCCCACGGAAUCACAAAGUUUCGCCUGCGGCCCUCUGCUGAAGGCGGCGCCGAGAUUGAGAGCAACGCUGCUCAGCUGCAUGAAAAGGCUGAACACUUGGAUCCCAACUACUGUGGUGGCUGCUACGGAGCCAAUGCCCCCGCCACCGCCCAGAAGCCUGGCUGCUGCAACACCUGUGACGAGGUUCGAGAAGCCUAUGCGCAGGCCUCGUGGGCCUUUGGAAGGGGUGAGGGCGUGGAGCAGUGCGAGAGAGAGCACUACGCUGAGCGAUUGGACCAGCAGAGGGAAGAGGGCUGCCGCAUUGAGGGUUUGCUGCAGGUCAACAAGGUUGUUGGAAACUUCCACCUUGCUCCUGGCCGAAGCUUUAGCAACGGCAACAUGCACGUUCACGAUCUGAAGAACUACUGGGACCUCCCUGAGGGCAAGUCGCACGACUUCACCCACAUCAUUCACUCUCUCCGAUUUGGACCCCAGCUUCCGACUGCUGUUGUUGAGAGAAUGUCCGGGAAGAAUACUUGGUCCAACCACCACCUCAAUCCUCUGGAUGCAACCCGCCAGAGCACAAACGACCCCAACUUUAACUACAUGUACUUUGUCAAGAUUGUUCCUACGUCGUAUCUCCCCCUGGGCUGGGAAAAGCGGACUCCUGGCUACGCUGACGGCAGCAUCGAAACACACCAGUAUUCCGUCACCAGCCACAAGCGAAGUCUAAUGGGCGGCGACGACGCACAGGAAGGCCACCCCGAAAGAUUGCACGCAAGGAAUGGUAUCCCCGGUGUCUUUUUCUCCUACGAUAUUUCUCCCAUGAAGGUCAUUAACCGUGAGGAGCGGGCCAAGACGUUCCUUGGCUUCUUGUCUGGACUCUGCGCGAUUGUCGGAGGUACCUUGACUGUUGCCGCUGCUGUUGAUCGUGGAUUGUUCGAGGGUGCGUCCAGGCUGAAGAAGCUCCGAGCCAAGGAUCUAUAAAAAGUAAGUAGGAGUAUGAAACGUCCCUCUGUAGAAUGCUUUGCAUGGACUUUUGAGGCGUAUGAACCAGGGCGUUUUGGCUGGCAUAUAUACAUGUAUUUUUUCCUCUCCUUUUCUUUUUUUUGGAAAAGAGUCAAGUUCAUUGUCAGUAUAUAGGUAGAUGGGUCUUGGACUUGAGGGCAGUGAUGAGCACUUUCAACUGUAACUGUGUUUACGGCUCCACCAUCGACUUUGUUGAAUGUUUUGAUGCGUUGACUUUCCUAGUACAUAGUGCUUUGUAUAGAUUGCUACAGCUUUGAGCACGAAUGAGAGACAUUUUUCAGUCAACGAUGCGAAAUGCGGAUCUUGUUUAUACGAACCUGAGAUAAAUACAAACCGAG